UACACACCUGUCCCGCUAUAUCGGGAUUGUGAGGGCGUCAUAAUCAUUGGAAGUAGCCACGCGUUUGUAUGUACAGCUAUUAGCCACUCACACAACUAAUAACCACUUCUACACAUCGGAACACCCCGGGCUACGGAUUCUAGUUGCGACACCAUGAACUGAGGCGACAACCGAGCAGACGACAGAAAGCAGACGACAAGUAAACCCCAAGAAAAUGUCCCGUUCAAACGACAAGGUGAUGCGCUUGAAUGUCGGAGGGACAUUUUACACGACGCUGAGAUCAACACUGUCGUUAUACCAAGGAACUAUUUUAUGGAGAAUAGCUACAGGAAACCAGUACUGCUACCGAGAUGACAGAGGAUUUUUCGUAAUUGACCGAGACGGCCAUGUUUUCAGACACGUGCUCAACUAUCUCCGAACCUCGAAGCUCCUUCUGCCGCAGGGCUUCCGGGAGCUGGACCUCCUACGGGAAGACGCCGUGUAUUAUGGGAUAGACAAUCUGGUCCGCGACAUCGACGCCCUGUUGGAGAAGAAGAGGAAGAAGAAGCCUCAGCCAGGGGGAAACCGCAACGCGCGGAUGAAGAGGAUGAGUGCCAGCGUCGGGGACAACCUUCAUCAGCUGGAUGAAGAUGAGCUAGGACUGGGUUAUUUCGAGGACAGCUGGAUCGAUGGAAAUACAUUCUAGACCAACACGACAGAACAACCCAGUGCCCUAAAAGGACGGGCAGUUCGUUCUCUGUCUACUAAACACAAUGAGGACGAUCCCUGGGUCGGGGAUUUAGGGUAAUAUAGGCGGAGUGUCCAGACUGGGUUGGACAUAGAAAUGACCACUGGUGAUGCCUUCUUAAUCGCCUCUAGUGACCAAAUAUAAUCCUUGAAAACAUGGCGUGUGAGAGGGUUCUUAGGCGGUCAAAGUAUUUGGUUUCGUCCGGUAAAACAAGUCCAGUUUUUAUAUUCUUAAAAUGAAUGUCAAGACUGUCCGGAUUUAAACCCUAGGGUUGUCUUUCUUUGUCAUUUCUUUCGUAUUGGUUUACUGGGUUUCCUGCCCAUGGAUAAGUCAGGUAAAAUAAGCCUGUAAUAAGAAUCGACUAAAUACAUCGAGGGAUGUUCAUCAGUGAUGGACUGUCCAGAUUGUGUCCAGUAAAUCUUCUGUUAAGGUCAGUCGGCAUCUGUCCGGCAGGCUGCUACAUACAACUUGACCUCCAGUGAGCAGUCGGCGCCAAAACCGAUGGCGUUUUCACCAACACCCGGUAUCAUCACUAUUUGAUAGUGAUUAAUAAGUACAUACCCGUUAUAUGGUCGGAAUCGCACAAUGGACGCUGCUUUUGGCAGAGAUUUCUCAUGAUUAUGGAAAGGUUUUGCCGCUUACAAUUUCACGUUUGGCUACGUGACGAUUGGCUAUCCUAUCAAAUGAAGCUGACACGCCGUGAUGUAACUGAAAUAUUGUUUAAAGCCGCGUUCACUCGAUGAAAAGCUAAGCCGAAGCUAAGAAAUUGCAAAACUGUUUCAAUCGAAACAUUUAAUAAAAGGUAAACGAGAAGGAAUGUUUACCUUCGAUUAUCGUCAUAUGAAUUUACAACUUUUGGUACGAUAUCGAUAAAAUAUAGAAGCCUUCAGAAUUUUGUUAAUAUUUCUUCGUUGGCAGUUGAUGCAUUGCCAAAUCAACAUAGAAGAGGGUAAACAUUUAACGUACUGAACUGCCGGGCCAAAAAAGUUUGACUGAAAAACUACAAACGUUAUUAAACCGUUACUAGGCUAAAUAGAGUGCCCACAACACCGUAAACUUCCGGUAAACAAGAAAACUAUGGUAGCCAUAUCAAAUACGUCACCAUCAAAUAACCAUUUCUUGUUUGUUUCACUUCUAGCCGCCAUGAAACUUUGGUGUAUACUUUCUUUUGCCCGGCAGUGUAUUCAAUAAUUCUCCAUGAAAGAAACGUUUUCAUAAUGUUUUCGUUUUCUAAAGCAUUUGGAUGAUUCUAAAAUAGCAAAAGCCAAGAAUCUUAAUUCUUCUCGGUUUUGCCAGAUACAUCCAGAAUUUAACAGUAAAUCAAAUAGGUGCAAAUCAAAGCAAAAUUAUGCACGGUAAACGUUCUCCCGUGCAAUAUAUUUGGUUUAUACCAAUACGCACUGAAAUAGUUCCCGGAAAUGUCUUUGGGUAUAUAUUUUCUCAUUUACCACAGCUAUUGCAGCAUAUUUACCUUUUUUACAAAUAUCGUUAUUUCUGUUGAAAUUCUCAUUUACGAAGUUUGUAUUUCCAAUAUAUUCGAUAUAUGCCCUGUACUGUUGAAUCUGCCAGACCUUUCUUUCUCUGUGUGUACCGUUAUAUGUAUGGCAGCUGUCGCCGUGACACAUUCAUAGUCCUAUGUUAUUACCAUAUUAUUAUUAGAGGUCACGUGUAUUGUUGGAGCGUAAUAUAUAGUCAUUGAACGAAAUGCAUUUACUGUUACAAACAGCAUUUAAGUUUUUAAUGCAAAUAUAAUUGUGUUUAUGAUAAUAUAACAUUAUCAUAAGCGUAUUGUUUCUCUUAGACAUAUAAUCUACAUGGCCAUGGCAGCGCAAUUACAAUGGAAUUUAAGAUAUUGAUAGAUAUAUUAUUCAAAGCUACAAAUCAAUAAUACCUCCGUUUUAUUUGUUAUUGAGAACACGAUACCACUGUCACUGUUUGUCAGACCUUGGCGACUGUACCUUAUCCCUAAUCCGAUAAUUCAAAACGGUCGCCAACAGUCCCAGAAUAGAUCACAUAUUAUAUAUAUCAAAAUAACAAAUUGCUGAAACCUUUUCUUGUUCAACCGUAGACUGACUGAGGUAACGGGAUGAGAGUAGACAAAGUAAUGAGGUGUAAGUUAUUGUCUUGCUUGACCAAUGCUUGACCAAUGCGUGACCAAUGCUUGACAACUUGAACAAAAGGCCACUGUUUUCUCAUCAUCGUGUGAAAUAACGGGAUGAGAGUAGAUUAAGUAA